AUGACCCACAGCCCCGCGACAAGCGAGGACGAGGAACGCCACAGUGCCAGCGAGUGUCCCGAGGGGGGCUCAGAAUCCGACAGCUCCCCAGACGGGCCAGGGAGAGGCCCCCAGGGGACCCGGGGCCGGGGCAGUGGAGCACCUGGUAACCUGGCCUCUGCCCGAGGCCUCCAGGGACGCUCCAUGUCUGUCCCAGACGACGCCCACUUCAGCAUGAUGGUUUUCAGGAUUGGCAUCCCUGACUUGCACCAGACGAAAUGCCUGCGUUUCAACCCUGAUGCCACCAUCUGGACAGCCAAACAGCAAGUCCUCUGUGCCCUGAGUGAGAGCUUACAGGAUGUGCUUAACUACGGACUGUUCCAGCCGGCCACCUCAGGCCGGGAUGCCAACUUCCUGGAAGAGGAGAGGCUGCUAAGAGAGUACCCCCAGUCCUUUGAGAAAGGGGUACCCUACCUGGAGUUCCGCUACAAGACCCGAGUCUAUAAACAGACCAACCUGGAUGAGAAACAGCUGGCCAAAUUGCACACAAAGACGGGGUUGAAGAAGUUCCUGGAAUAUGUGCAGCUUGGGACGUCUGACAAGGUGGCGAGGCUGCUGGACAAGGGGCUGGACCCCAAUUACCAUGACUCAGAUUCAGGAGAGACACCUUUGACCCUGGCGGCCCAGACUGAAGGUUCAGUAGAGGUGAUUCGAACGCUGUGCCUGGGUGGGGCUCACAUAGACUUCAGGGCCCGGGAUGGCAUGACAGCGCUACACAAGGCUGCAUGUGCUCGGCACUGCCUGGCACUCACGGCACUUCUGGACCUUGGGGGCUCUCCCAACUACAAGGACCGCCGAGGGCUGACACCCCUGUUCCACACAGCUAUGGUGGGGGGCGACCCCCGCUGCUGCGAGCUACUUCUGUACAACAGGGCCCAACUGGGCAUUGCAGAUGAGAACGGCUGGCAGGAAAUCCACCAGGCCUGCCAACGGGGCCACUCUCAGCACCUGGAACACCUGCUCUUCUAUGGGGCUGAGCCUGGAGCCCAGAAUGCCUCAGGAAACACAGCCUUGCACAUCUGUGCCCUCUACAACAAGGAGACCUGUGCCAGGAUCCUCCUUUAUCGUGGAGCAAACAAGGAUGUGAAAAAUAAUAACGGACAGACACCCUUCCAGGUGGCUGUGAUUGCUGGGAAUUUUGAGCUGGGGGAACUGAUUCGUAACCAUCGGGAACAGGAUGUGGUACCCUUCCAGGAGUCCCCCAAGUAUGCAGCCCGGCGUCGGGGACCCCCAGGCGCAGGGCUGACUGUACCUCCAGCGCUGCUUCGAGCUAACAGUGACACAAGCAUGGCGCUGCCCGAUUGGAUGGUGUUUUCAGCCCCAGGGGCCUCAUCAUCUGGGACCCCUGGCCCUACCUCAGGACCCCAGGGCCAGUCACAGCCCUCAGCCCCCAGCACUAAGCUCAGUAGUGGGACCCUCCGAAGUGCCAGCAGCCCCCGAGGUGCCCGGGCACGUUCCCCAUCCCGAGGGAGACAUCCUGAAGAUGCCAAGAGACAGCCUCGAGGCCGGCCCAGCUCCAGCGGGACACCCCGAGAAGGGCCAGCUGGGGGAACUGGGGGCUCAGGGGGCCCUGGGGGCUCCCUGGGAAGCAGAGGCAGACGUAGGAAGCUCUAUUCAGCGGUACCCGGACGCUCCUUCAUGGCCGUGAAGUCAUACCAGGCGCAAGGAGAGGGGGAGAUCUCUCUGAGUAAAGGCGAGAAGAUCAAAGUGCUCAGCAUCGGGGAAGGAGGCUUCUGGGAAGGCCAGGUCAAAGGUCGAGUUGGCUGGUUCCCCUCUGACUGCCUAGAAGAGGUGGCAAACCGCUCCCAGGAGGGAAGACAAGAAAGCCGAAGCGACAAGGCAAAGAGACUCUUCAGGCAUUACACAGUGGGCUCCUACGACAGCUUUGAUGCCCCAAGUCUGGUCGAUGGGAUUGACUCAGGGAGUGAUUACAUCAUCAAGGAGAAGACAGUCUUACUGCAGAAGAAGGACAGUGAGGGGUUCGGGUUCGUGCUACGGGGGGCCAAGGCGCAGACCCCCAUCGAGGAAUUCACCCCCACCCCGGCCUUCCCGGCGCUGCAGUACCUCGAGUCUGUGGACGAGGGUGGCGUGGCAUGGCGGGCUGGACUACGGAUGGGAGACUUCCUCAUCGAGGUGAACGGACAGAAUGUAGUAAAGGUUGGCCACCGUCAGGUGGUCAAUAUGAUCCGCCAGGGAGGCAACACACUGAUGGUCAAGGUGGUGAUGGUAACCAGACACCCAGACAUGGACGAAGCCGUUCACAAAAAAGCAUCCCAGCAGGCUAAGCGGCUCCCGCCCCCAGCCAUCUCCCUGCGUUCCAAGUCUAUGACCUCAGAGCUGGAGGAAAUGGUCUCCCCCUGGAAGAAGAAAAUUGAGUAUGAACAACAGCCGGCACCAGUGCCCAGCAUGGAGAAAAAACGGACUGUAUAUCAGAUGGCACUCAACAAACUGGAUGAGAUCUUGGCUGCUGCUCAGCAGACCAUCAGCGCAAGUGAGAGUCCUGGGCCUGGUGGCCUAGCGUCCCUGGGCAAGCACCGGCCCAAAGGAUUCUUUGCCACUGAGUCGAACUUUGAUCCCCAUCAUCGCUCCCAGCCAAGUUAUGACCGGCCAUCCUUCCUGCCUCCCGGACCUGGCCUUAUGCUCCGGCAGAAAUCUAUUGGGGCUGCGGAAGAUGACAGGCCCUACCUAGCACCCCCAGCCAUGAAAUUCAGCCGUAGUCUGUCAGUCCCUGGUUCGGAGGACAUACCCCCACCACCCACUACAUCCCCCCCAGAGCCUCCCUACAGCACACCUCCGGCCCCCUCUUCUUCCGGCCGCCUCACUCCGUCGCCCCGGGGAGGCCCCUUCAACCCAGGAUCUGGAGGUCCCCUCCCUGCCUCCUCGCCUUCAUCUUUCGAUGGGCCGUCUCCUACUGACACCCGUAGUGGGGGCCGGGAGAAGAGCCUGUAUCACGGUGGAGCCCUACCCCCUGCCCAUCACCACCCACCUCAUCAUCACCAUCAUCACGCCCCACCUCCGCAGCCCCACCAUCACCAUGCACACCCUCCUCACCCACCAGAGAUGGAGACAGGAGGUUCCCCCGACGAUCCCCCACCUCGACUGGCCCUGGGACCCCAGCCCAGCCUUCGAGGCUGGAGAGGCGGAGGACCCAGCCCGACCUCGGGGGUCCCAUCACCUUCCCACCACAGUAGCAGCGGAGGCAGCAGCGGCCCCACUCAGGCUCCCGCCCUGCGCUACUUCCAGCUGCCCCCGAGGGCGGCCAGUGCAGCUAUGUAUGUGCCCGCCCGCUCGGGACGCGGUCGCAAGGGCCCACUGGUCAAGCAGACCAAGGUGGAAGGCGAGCCCCAGAAGGGCAGCCUGCCUCCGGCGUCCUCCCCAACAUCCCCGGCGCUGCCGCGGCCUGAACCACCUCCGGCCGGACCAUCUGAGAAAAAUUCCAUCCCUAUCCCUACCAUCAUCAUCAAAGCCCCAUCCACCAGUAGCAGAGACCACAGCAGCCAGGGAAGCAGCACAGAGGCCGAGCCCCCCACCCAGCCCUCACCAUCCCCUCCACAGCUCAUGACUCCCUCCAAACUCCGGGGCCGGGCGCUUGGGGCUGGUGGGAAUUUGAGACCUAGUCCCAGUGGGGGCCUCCGAGAUCCUGUCACCCCCACCAGCCCCACGGUCUCUGUGACCGGAGCUGGAACAGAUGGGCUACUGGCCUUGAGUGCUUGCUCCGGACCUUCCCUUCGGCCUCUUUUUCACCCUUGCCCUCAACACUUGCUCCCAAACCCUUCUCCCUCACCCCUGCCCCCGCCCCACCCCUUGUCACAUUCCAGGCUCUCCGAAGACUCCCAGACCUCUCUCCUCUCCAAGCCCAGCAGCAGCAUCUUUCAGAACUGGCCUAAACCCCCUCUGCCUCCACUCCCCACCGGAUCCGGGGGCUCGUCAACAGCUGCAGCCCCAGGAGCUACAUCCCCUUCAGCCUCAUCUGCCUCAGCUUCCACCCGACAUCUGCAGGGCGUGGAAUUUGAGAUGCGGCCUCCGUUGCUCCGCCGGGCACCCAGCCCCUCGCUGCUGCCUGCCUCGGAUCACAAGGUCAGCCCAGCGCCCAGACCCUCUUCUUUGCCCAUCCUGCCUUCAGGACCCCUCUACCCGGGCCUCUUCGACAUCCGUAGCUCCCCGACUGGAGGGGCAGGAGGCUCAGCUGACCCUUUUGCUCCAGUCUUUGUGCCACCACACCCCGGGAUAUCUGGGGGUCUCGGAGGAGCCUUGUCAGGGGCCUCUCGCUCCCUGUCACCCACCCGCCUGCUCUCGCUGCCCCCGGACAAGCCAUUUGGCGCCAAGCCUCUGGGGUUCUGGACCAAGUUUGAUGUCGCCGAUUGGCUGGAGUGGCUGGGCUUAUCAGAGCACCGAGCCCAGUUCCUGGACCACGAGAUUGAUGGUUCCCACCUGCCCGCCUUGACCAAGGAGGACUAUGUGGACCUGGGCGUGACCAGGGUGGGACACCGUAUGAACAUUGACCGGGCUCUCAAAUUUUUCCUGGAGAGGUGAUGGCUGGCCUGGACGGACCAGCUUGUCCAUAGGACCCUUGAGCCCGCUGACCUCUUUGACCUCUGACCCCUCUGACCAUCAUUCUCUCCCCACCCCCUCAGGGGGCUAGGGAUUCUGCUAAAACCGUGCCCUGCCCCGUCUCCCCAGGCCUGACUGAGGUCCCCAGGUGGACUGGAUGCAGGCCAGACACUGGCACCUCACAAGAGGUGGGCAGCUGACACUAGACUGCGAGUGGAGUAGAGGGGGAUUAGAAAACGACACUGGGGUACUGAGA